GUUUUCACUGACACACUGAUAAUGUGCCAUACAUUAUCAGGCUUGCUCAACCCCUCUCCCCACACCAUCUUCUGUACAGCCAUGGUCACAUGACUGACAUGGUGACAAUUAACAGUUGAAAUUGGUGGACAAUAAGUUGUGUGACACCAAUUUCUAAACAAACCGGAACUGAUAACUUCUUUUUUUUUUAUAAAUCCUGUUUGGUAUAGCUAUUAGGUAGUUAUACUGAGAAUUGGACAAAGACAAGUGGCCGAUGUGAUUUGAAAUGCACCAUUUUGAUAUAAGCCUCGAAUUCCUAGUAUCUGAUAAAUGGCUUUUUACCCAGAUUCUGCUAUCAAGAUUUAUUUCUUGUUCUGACUAAUGUAAGAACCAUACACACAAACUGUAUAUAUAUAGAUCUACACACAAAUACAUCCAUGCUUUUCAGUUUUGGAAACUUACUCUAAAAUACCAUAGAAACCAUGAUGAUAUUUUUCUGGCAGGAUAUGGAAAUGGGUGUAAAUCAUCCAUGUGAGAGAGAAUUGAGAAAGUGUAUGACACAUUUGAUUUUGACUGAUAUAUCAAAGUGUAAAACCUGAAGGCUGUUUGUCCUUUCUUCAAGAAUGAUACUCCUAAGUACCACCAGUUUCAUAACUUGGCUUCAGUUCAGUGAACUCUGUUAAAUUUUACCUAUGGCAUCUAUGUUUUGUUUAAAUAUAUACAUUGAAGAUUUUACUAUACAAUAUGUUGAACCGAACUGCCCUAACCAUUUUAAACAGUAAACCAAAUGGUUCAAAUACACAAGAUGAGGUUGAGGAAGAGAAGGGUAACAUGACAGCUGUCAUAGUGGCUGCAACCAUGGUCCCUGUCAUCGUCAUACUUAUUAUUGUCUUGGUGACUCUAAGUUUCCGAUCAUUGACAUGCCGGGAAUAUUAUCAAGCAGCAUAUAAUUAUUUGGCUGUUCCCAGCCACUCACAGUCAUCACAGCCGACUGUCAUCCCUAUACCAGAAACCUAUGAAGAGGCUGACUACCCUUCUAUAGCAGUACGGGAUUUUAUUGCUCAUGUGGAAAUGUUACACGCUGAUAGUGACAUUGGUUUCUCACAGCAAUUUGAUGACAUUACUCAACGAACUCGGUGUGAUCUAAAAUCAGAGUUUUCUGCAUUACAAGAGAACAAAAUGAAGAAUAGAUAUAUCAAUAUUGCUGCCUAUGAUCACACGAGAUGUCAGUUGAAGCCAAUAAUGAGUAGGCAAAAACAUUCUGAUUACAUAAAUGCCAAUUAUGUUGAUGGCUAUAACAAGGCACGUGCCUACAUUGCUACCCAGGGACCACUACCACAAACAGUCGAUGACUUUUGGCGUAUGGUCUGGGAACAAAACACUGCUGUGAUUGUUAUGAUAACAAACUUAAUGGAACGUGGAAGGAGGAAAUGUGACCAGUAUUGGCCGAAUGAAGGGACAGAGGACUAUGGUGUGAUGUCAGUGAGGUUACUGAGUACAUUUGCGCGUGCUCACUACACAGUCAGAAUAUUUUCCCUCAGGAAUACAAAGAAAAGAAAGAAACACUCCGCUGAGCGUGUGGUUUACCAAUACCACUACACUGAAUGGCCUGAUCAUGGUGUUCCUGAUUAUACGUUGCCUGUCCUUACUUUUGUGCGGAAGUCUGCUGCAGCCAACCCCCCUGGUGCUGGACCUAUCGUUGUACACUGCAGUGCUGGUGUUGGGCGUACCGGUACCUAUAUAUUAAUUGAUAGUAUGAUGCAGCAGAUAAAGGAGAAAGGCUCAGUAAAUGUAGCUGGCUUUCUCUUACAUAUUCGACAACAGAGAAACUUUCUGGUCCAAACUGAGGACCAGUACAUGUUUAUUCAUGAUGUUCUCGUGGAAUACAUUCUUGGUGGUGGUGAUACUGAAAUUCAAGAUGCUAAGAUAAUGAAAUAUUUUGAAGAUUUAGAAAAACCAAAUGCAAACGGAGAGAACCACCUUGAAAGACAAUUCCUGUUGUCAACGUGCCGUAGACCCAAAGAACAUGAGUACUCUCAGGCUGUAAAACCUGUAAAUGUACCAAAGAAUCGUAUUCAAGAGAUGCUACCUAUCGAUAUGAAAAGGGUUCUUUUGCCUGUAAAACCUGGCGUGGACGGCUCGGAUUAUAUUAAUGCUUCAUACCUGCAGGGUUAUAAUCGUACAGACGAGUUCAUUAUAACACAGCACCCAUUGGAAUCAACUGUUGAAGACUUCUGGAGAAUGGUCUGGGACCAAAACAGUGCUGCGAUUGUGUUGCUUACAAAAAUGGAUAAUGAUGACUGUAAAGAAUUUUGGCCUGAAAAAGGCGAUUCCAUCCAAGUGGAUGCUGGCAACUUUAAAUUGUUCCACCGAGAGGAGGACACCAGCUUGGAUCCUGUUACACAUGACUUUAUCAUGGAAUCAACACAGGAUGAUUAUGUGUUGAUGAGUCGAAUUAUUGCCACAACGGAAUGGCCUGAUGAGUGCCAACCACUGUAUACAGCUUUUGAGUUUAUUGAGACUUGUAGGAAGUGGUAUCAACAAUAUAACAGUGGUCCCAUCAUAGUAAUAGACAGACAUGGGGGCUGUCAAGCUGCAUUAUUCUGUGCCCUGUGGACACUCUAUGACCAACUCCAUCAUGACAAGUCUAUAGAUGUUUACCAAGUUGCUAAACUGUAUCACUUAAAGCGAACUGGUAUUAUUGGAACCAAAGACAACUAUCAUUAUUUGUACAAAGCAAUCGACAGUCUAUGUAAACACAUGGCUGAGAAGGAGAAAGAAAAGGAGUCCUAUCGAACUGCUACACUUCCUCACCACAGAGCCAUCAAAAAUGGCAUGUUACCUAACUCUAACUGCAAUGGGCCUUGGCCAGACAUGUAGACCUCAAACAUCUCACUCGUUUCCCAACCCUAACCCACUGAAUUCUCUCCACCACCCCACUACGACUCUGCUCUACUCUGCCUUCCUCCCCUCCUCUUAUUUUAUUACCCUCUUCGUUGCUGCAGAUUACCUUCUACACCAACCAAUGGGUCCAUACACAUCAGGUGUGCUAAUUGUCUCCCUUUGGUUAAUUGCUUGGUUGGAGGAGAGAGAGAGAAAGAGAGGGAAGAGAAGGCAUUCAUCACCGAAAUACAUCCUACUUCUAAUACUGGUCCUAUCACCACUACUAGUAUUACUACUACUUCUACAUAACUAUUGUUACCCCUAUCCAUCCCCAAUCUUACACACAUACACACACAUGCAUGCAUACACACACAUACUGACACAUAUGUAUACCUUAACACACACAUACACCAGUUUCAUAAACAUGCCAUCUGCAGUGGUUUCUUGGGUUUUUUUUCUUGUUCUCCCGUUGUCUGGACAUGUGUGACUGACUGUCAUAUAUAUCUGGUGAGCGUGAUGAGGCACGCCACCGAGACAGAGGUGGAGAUGACAGGGAAAAUGCAAAAAAGUAAAAAAAAAAAAAAAAAUUGAUUAAAAACAAACCAGAAAAAAAUGUAUGGACAAUAAUAAAAAGGAAAACAUAAAUUAAAAAACAUUUUCAAUAAAAAAGAAAAUGAGAAUGAAAUCAAAUCAACUGAACAAAAUGAAAGAAAAUGCAUUAAAAAGAUGGAUAUAUAUACAAAUAUAUAUACACACACACACAUAAAUUAUAUAUAUAUAUAUAUAUAUA